AUCAGUCAGAAGAAAUUAUUCGCGAUUCUCCCCACAAGAAGAGAAGACGAGUGCGUGGUGUGCAUUUUUGUUUCUAGAAGAAAAAGAAAAACAGUGCAGUGAUCGAAAAUCGUGUUCGCGAACGGAAAAAAAAACGUGCGGUAUUUCGCGGUUAUUAUCGAAUCGGUAUUCGUAUUGUGGAAAAACAAAACGCGGUCUCGUGUCGGGUGCCGAGGAAACUUCCUCUUUUCUCCCGGAUUGGGUUCUUGCGUUUGCUGGCGCGGCAGUAGGCGCAGCAAAGACGACCACUGCCAAGACGACGACGACGGCAAGGAGGAGUUCGUAGCAGCAGCAGCGGCAGUUUGAAUUCAAGACUGGUUUCGAUCGGAAAAUUGGGGUGGCGGUUCGGAUUGCAAACCGUGUGCGAGUUUCGCCGUAGUGCAGCAGUGCCCGAACCUGCCUCAACUAUUGCCGCCAGCUGACGACGACGACCGGGAUGAAUAAUGGGCCGGCUUCGUCGGGUCGGGGCCGCGGUGGCAAACGCCAGCAGCAAUCGCUGUACAGCCCCGGCAGUGGGCCGCUGCGGAAAUCGGAGAACUCCGGCAGCAACCGGUCGCUGAACUCGCUCGGCGGUGGUGACGGUCCUCCCUCCAUGGGCCGCGAUCGGGACCGUGAACGCGAUCGCGAUCGAGGCGACUGGGGGGGUGGUCAGAGCGACGGGUGGCGAUCGGUCAACAAGAAAAGUAACAACAAGAAGCACGACUACUACGACCAGCGACGGAACGAUGCACCGCCGGGCUUCCGACAGGCUUCCGAACCGCGGGUGCUGUCCACCAAUCCACCCAACGUGAACUACAACCGGCCUCAGGAUCGACUGCGCAACGAGCGGGACACCCGAAGCGUAGAACCUAGCUUCGGAGGCCGCGGCAGCUCCAAGAAACCCCUAUUGCCUUCAAACAUCGACAGUCUACCGCCUCGGUUGCAGCGAAAGUUCCUCCAGGACCACGGUCUCCCGUUGGACUAUCUGGAAAAUCUACGCAACGAGCAGGCCAAUGCGCAUCCCCCGCAGAGCUGGUCGCACACACUUCCGAUGUCACCUCGUUCGCGACCGCCGGGCAUGCGCGGAGGCGGCCGGACUCGAUACUCAGGGAACUACCAACAGGGUGGCUAUCAACAGGAUUACCGUGCCCGAACUCCGGUGGAUCUUCAGCGUCCACGUAGCCGAUCGUCGGAUAUUGGAGGAGAUCAAGGAGAUCAUCACCACCAGCAGCAUCCGCAGCAGCAGGACUUCGAUAGACCACCGAGAUCGAACAGCAGAAACUCGAGCUGCGAUCCGAACGAUCGGUGGAAUAGCAAUUAUGGGCUUCCGCCAAGGGACGCCGGAGGCCGCGGCGGAUACGUCGAUGAGCAUGUACAGAGCGGUGGUGGUGGCGGCUUCCGGAAGGACGGUGGACGUAGCCGACAGUACUCGGAUGGUGGCGGUCGAAUUGACGAAGACGAUGGCAGAAAAUCUGCCGGAAAAUUGGACUGGGCUGAUGAUGUUGAGCGGGAAGCGAUGCAAGAGAAAACUGCCAACAGCACCUUAAACAACAACAUAAAUCAGAACACUAGCAACAACAAUAACACUAACAAUAGGAAUAGACGUCGACAUCGAAGGAAUGGAAAUCGGAAAAAGAUGAAGGGAUUAGCCAACUCCCGUUCGAGCCAAGACUACUACGAGGGUGAGGGUGGUUUCAAAGUUCCUUACCCACCGGGGAAGGGAAGCGCCGGAAGCAGUGGCCGCAGCCGUCGUAAUUCGCAGUCCUCCAACUUGAGCCGCGAGAAUAGCAUGGAUCGAGUGGCCUACGCAGGAGGUGGAGGCCGUGGUCGUGGCGGUGGAAAACACUUUGGAAAUCAAGACGGCAGUCAGGAUCGGUAUUACGAACGUGGGGUAGUCGACGGAGGAAGAGCGUACGGUGGUCACCGGAAGGGCGGUGAUCGGUACAGCAACAGCAGAGACAACAGUAUGGAUCGUGGCAAUUGGCAACGUGGUGCUAGCGGUGGUGGUGGCGGCGAUUCCGGUAACUGGAGAGGACCGGGCGAUGGCGGUGAAAAGACGGAUGUGAAGAUUGCGGAAAUGACGAAGCAGUUCGAGGAGCAGAUUGGAAUUCAAAAAGGUCCCGGGGUGUUGGUACUUCCGCCGAGGAUUCCAACUCCGGGAGGUGGUGCAAAUGCAGUACGAGAGGACCACCUCCGGGAGGAUAGUUCAGGCAACGCCCGGACGUUGUUCGAUCCAAAGAAUCCUAACAAACCGAUUAUGAUUACACCGUCGCAAUCUCGCAACUACAAUCCUCCGGAGAAUUUAGACGAACUGGCAUCCUCCACCGGUGGUACCGAGCGCAAGCGAAUUGCCAGUGGCAACCAAAUUACCAGUGCCCGUCCUCCUUGGUACGAUACCAAUGCUCCUCAAGCCAAUCUCCUUCGCAGUAAGGAACUGGUCCAUCAACUGGAAGCGGCUGACAAUCGCCUUCAGGAAUUGCUACUCAGUGGAAACCUGUUCCACGAGUGGGACCUCUACGUCCAGAUCCGUACCGAUCUCCAGAAACUGCUGGAGUCCUUCCUCCUGUCGGAGAUGCGUUUCUCCCAGGACAUCAACAUUGAGCACCACUUUUGGAAGCUACUCUACUACAACAUCAUUGAGCAGAUGCGGAAACUGCUGGCUGAAAAUCCGGACCAGAACAUUCGAGCGUACUACCGGGAGAAAGCGUUGGACAUUAUCGAAAAUGGGGCGCAAUUCUUCGAACAGCUUCUGGCCAUGCUGGAGAAGCAGUUCAAUUUCAGUUUGGAAAAGUUUACCGGCCCGAACGCGGCCACCAAUACCAAGGGUCUCAAAUGUGGCCUGGCGUUGGUGUCCGCCCAGAAGGUGUUCCUGUUCCUGGGUGACUUGGCGCGGUAUCGCGAACAGGUCAACGAAGCGAACAACUUCCGCAAGGCGAAACAGUGGUACGUCAAGGCGCAGCAGAUUAUGCCGAAAAAUGGACGACCCUACAACCAGCUGGCGCUGCUCUCGGUCUAUGCGAAACGCAAAAUUGACGCUGUUUACUUCUAUAUGCGCAGUCUGAUGUCCUCCAAUCCGUUUGAGUCGGCUCGCGAGAGCUUGAUGGACUUGUUCAACGAGACUAAGAAGAAGUACGAGAGCAGCCAGCGGAAGCGGGAGGAGAAGAAUCGCGCCCGGCUCAAAGAGAAAGAGCACCGCUUCGAUGGCCACCUGCGGCGUGAAACGUGGUUCCAUCCGGAAGGUGGGUCCCGGGUGCACCGGACCGCGCCACUAGAUCCGAUGGCCGGCCGGACUGGGGACACCAGCGAGGAAGAGGAGGAGGAACUGCGCCAGCUCGAUUCGAUCGAGCUGAACAAGCGUUUCAUCGUGAGCUUCCUGCACGUGCUCGGCAAGCUGAUUACGAAAACCGGGAUGGAAUCGUUUACGCCGUGUGCGAUUCAAAUGCUGCGGGAGUUUCGGGCACUGAUCCAGCACUCGCCGAUUGCGGUCACCUCGCACCGGUUGCUGCAGCUGAUGUCGCUGAACAUGUUCGCCAUCGAGAUCACCAAGUUGAAAGACUCAACGAUUGCCCCUGGAGCGCGCUCCGAAGUGCAGGAAUGUGCUCUCUCGAUCGGACUGCUCAUGUUUGGCAUCAUCCUGGAGCGGUUCAUUCACGUGAUACAGAGUGCGUCCACUUCCAGCAGCAACAGCAGCCCCAAUGCCACCAAUAGCAACAGUAGGGUCGGUGGCGGUGCUGAUGACCAUCGUCCCUCCAGCAGCAACAACAAUGACACGAAUGAGUCACUGCUCCAGGCGAUCGCCAGCAAGCAGAGCGUGAUCGCCGAGAACCUCAAGGAGCUCAGUUUGGUCUCCGGCACGAAAUCAACACCUCAGUCCGGCAACAAGCCAACAAAGGAUGGCAGGAUAAACGAUGGGAACGCCCCUGGGACUGCUGCUGUGGGGUCAUCCGGCAACAACAACAACAACAACAGCGGCUACGGCGAAGCUCGGCAGAAACUGGUGCUACAGGAGGACGCCAAAGCGAUACUUCCCGCAAUUAAGGUGUGGUGCGACUGGAUGCUUUAUCACACCGGCACGUGGAAUCCACCGCCCUUCUGCACAGACUACAAAAUAGGUGCUUCCACCGGACACGACCCGUGGUCCGGAUUGUCCAACCUCAUGACACUGUUGGCCCGGUUGGACACCAACAAGGAGAUUCUAGCGGUGGAAGCGAAAGAAGACUACGAGGUCGUUCGACUACAGGAGGACAUCACACUGGCAGGAUUCACUCCGCUCAUGUACAAAGGACCGGAACCUAUCUUCACCCACAAGUCACGCGACAUGGAGGAAGCGCAGAACGCACUUCGGGUCCAGAAGCUGAUAUUCUUCGGGACGGGACACCUGUGCACGUGUAAACCUCCGGUGCUGCAGAAGGCUACCGGCCAGACGGGGGCCGAGGAGUUCAUCAGCAUUGUACAAAACCGAAUAGAAGGGUCGAGUGACUCGGAGAUCCUUUUGGAAAGUUUCAGCGAAGACGAGAGCGAAACUCAACCCCAGCAACAGCAGACCAGUAGCAAAGAUCAGGAGAAAACGAAAGCCGAUCACCAGCAGCAAAAGAAGAAACAUCAAGACAAAAAUCAAAACGAAGAUAGUAAGAAGAAUAACAAUAACAACAACAACACCUCCAGUAGCAACAGCAAAUCCACCACAAGUGGGAAGAGACGUGGAAGUGGGAACGCUGCAAACAGUAGUAACAAAAACAACAACAACAACAAUAAUAGCACCAACAGUACUAGCAAUAGUAAUAGUACAAAUGUCAAUAAUAAUAACAAUAACAACGCCGCCGCAGUUGUCAGCGAUACCAGUGAUAGUAGUAGUGCCGUUGGUGAACAGGAAGUGGCCGGGAAGAGCAAUCUGGAGAUCCGAAAGUUGCUUCGUCGGAAGGACGAACUGGAGCGGAAGCAGAAGAUGCAGGAAAAGUACACCCAACGGUUACAGGACAUUCUCUCGCAGAGUACGAUCGCCCUGAAGAUGGAGGUCCGUCCGCGGUCUCUGGUGCCGGAUACGAACUGCUUCGUCGACUACCUGGCCGACAUUGAGAGCAUUGCCCGGGCUCACCCGCUCUAUCAGCUGAUGGUUCCUAUUGUUGUGAUCAACGAACUGGAAGGCCUUUCCAAAGGAAUCAAAGCUACUGCUGGAGGAACGACGACUGCCACAGCAGCCGGAAUCAUCACGUCCAAGCUAACGUCCAGUUUGUCGGUGUUUCCAGUAGCGGGGAAAUCUGCGACGACGGCGACAUCCUCCUCUUCUUCCUCCUCCUCGGUCGAUCGACGCUUCGACCCACUGCAUGCCGAAAAGGUGGCCAAAGCAUCCAAACAGGCCCUGGACUUUAUCAGAAAGAAGAUUCCCGCCCUAAAAUGCGUAACCACGAAAGGAUCGAUACUCAAUACGUCCACGUUCACCGCCGAGGAUGAUGAGGACGUGCAAAUGUCCAACGAUGAUCGAAUUCUGAAAACUGCCUUAAACCUGUGCCGCGAGCACGCGGAGGAGAAGCGAGGAGAGGUCCGUUACAUCAGCCGUGAGGUGGUCCUGCUAACGACGGACCGGAAUCUGCGGGUGAAGGCCCUGUCCAACGAUCUACCCGUACGCGAGCUGCCGGACUUUAUCAAAUGGGCCGGACUUGGGUCGACGUAGAGCAUGGAGCUCCGCCCUCUCCUCCGUGUCUCUCCACUCUAAACCGACCGACACACCCACAAUCCCACACUAGAACACACAUCAUCGUCAAUCACAGCAAGCAAAAGAAAGUACUACGAUAAUAUUACAAAACUCUAACUAGAAACUCUAGGAAAACGAAAGUUAUCUCGUUCGUUCAGUCGUUUUAGAUUUAUGUUUUUUUUUUUUUUUAUUUGAAUAAUUAUUGUUUUAUACCUUUAUCGCAAUGAUGAGACUCUGAUAGUGAAUAACUUUGUCAUUUUACAAAUCUGACUGUACAGCUUGAGCGGGCCGUGACCUUUGUUACGUGUUUUGAAUCAUGGUUUCUAUUUAAUCAACAACCUAUUAGUUUCUUUUAACUGUGUAACUGCUUUGAUUUUACUCUCAGCUAGAAAGUAUAACUUAUUAAAUUGUAAUAUUUUUAAACAUAAAAAAAACGCAAAUUCGUUCGUUGAUUCUUGAGUAAACCUCCAUGCUAAGAGAAAAAAAAAAUAUGGUAUAUUUGUUUCUUCAAACAGUGGAAGGAGGAAAUCUACCGUUGUUUGACUGUUGUAGCUGUAAAUAUUUUAAAACCUGUAGUAGAAACAUUGUUUUCUUUGCCGAACUCUUCCUUCUCCGAAUUUGCCGCCCUAAAAGCGAGCCGACGAGACGAGUUGAUGACGAUGUUAGUUGAUUAUGCAUUAGUGAAAAAUGGAAGGAACGAGAUGAAAAUAAAAACGGAUACGAACUGACGUAUCUCUGUAAUAGUAAAAAAAAAAAAAACAAGUGCAUGAAGAUACAUUAGUUUGGAAUUUUUUUGUUUUGUUUUUAAAUAAAUAUCAUAUAUAAUACAAGAAAAGCAAAUCGCAUACAAAACAAACAAAAAACAGAAACAAUUUACACUCAAAACCGUAGAUUAAAUGAGAAGAUUUUUGCUCGGAUAAGGAAACGGAUCAGAAUGAUGAUGAAACGCUAUCAGAAUAAAAACAAAGGAUAUUUUUCAAAAACAGAGAA